AUGACCAACGCCAUGGGCCCCUCGCACACAGUCCUCAAAACCAUCCUCAAAUCACUAAGCUCUUCGCGAUGGUCUCUCACACGCACACUACGCAGUACAAAUGCGAAUGAGAUCAAUGGCCAACUUAGCGGCACAGCAACCUUCACCCAACUCUCCGCGGAACAAGAUUGGCUCUACACCGAAAGUGGCCAAUUCCCCGCCUCCGCACUCCCCCCUGCACUGGCAGGCAUGGCCAAUGCGACCUGGUCCAAAAAGUAUAUUUGGCGGUUGAGCGACGCGACGUCACAGCUCAGCGUGUGGUUCGUCAAAGUUGGCUCCGGUCCCGACGAGGCGGAUUAUCUCUUCCACAACUUUGAUUUCACCGACGAUGGAAGAAUAUCUUUAGACGGCGGCGAGGAACAUUUCCCGCCUGUUCCUGUUCUGCCGGUAGAUGCCAAGGAUGAUCAGACCUAUGUUCUUCAGGCAAGGGGGGACCAUCUCUGCAUUAAUGAUAUGUAUCGCACAUCAUAUGCGUUCCGCUUUCUUCGUGACACGGAGGAGUUGGUGAGCUGGUCCAGUUUACAUGUUGUACGGGGUCCAGCGAAGACGCAGGAAAUUCGAAACCAAUAUGCGCUGCUAUAA